AGCAAAUGAGUGCUCAAAACUAUCACGCCGGCCUCCACCAGUCGAGUACACAGAGACCUCCGAAGCGGCCGAACACCGAGCAUGCUCAGGAGCCGCCGAAAAGAGCUCUAAUCGGCGGUCAAACGACUCCAUCAUCAUCCGGCGGUGGACAAACACCAAAUGGAACAAAUUAUGAGCUUGAAGUGAAGCAGCAACUAUCGAAUUAUCAGAAGCUCUUCGAUCAGGCAACGUAUCCGUUUAUUCGAGAUGUUUCCACGUAUGAGAAGCUGAAUAAGAUUGGACAGGGCACUUUUGGAGAAGUAUUCAAAGCCCGAUGCAAGAAUACAGGCCGAAUGGUUGCUCUAAAGAAGAUUUUAAUGGAAAAUGAGAAGGAAGGAUUCCCAAUUACAGCACUACGUGAAGUUAAAAUGCUCGAACAGCUUAAACAUCCAAAUAUCACUGAUCUUAUCGAAGUUUGCAGUGCGAAAAGUACUGGAACGACGGGAUCCAAGGAUCGUGCAACUUUCUACUUGGUAAUGGCUCUUUGUGCACACGAUUUGGCUGGUCUCUUAUCAAAUCCGAAAAUUCGAAUGUCUCUUGUUCAUAUUAAAACAAUGAUGAAACAUUUGAUGUCUGGAUUGAAUAAGCUUCAUCGUAGUAAAAUUCUUCAUCGUGAUAUGAAAGCUGCAAAUGUUCUCAUUUCGAAGGAUGGAAUACUCAAACUUGCCGAUUUUGGACUAGCUCGGCCUUUUGUGCAGAGAGAAAACGGUGCAGGCCCCCGUCCACUGUACACAAACCGUGUCGUCACUCUAUGGUAUCGUCCACCGGAGCUUCUGCUCGGUGAUCGUCAAUAUGGCACAAAAAUCGAUGUAUGGGGUGCUGGAUGUAUUAUGGCUGAAAUGUGGACUCGCCAACCGAUUAUGCAAGGAGAUACGGAACAAAAACAGUUACAGCUCAUUUCUGGACUCUGUGGAUCGAUUAAUAAAGAUGUAUGGCCGAACUGUGUAAAUAUGCCAUUAUGGUCGGCAAUGUCUUCUGAACCGAAUUCUGCACUUCCACAAGGAAAAUAUCGAAUUUUGCCGAAUAAAAUGAAGAAUUUGAUGAAAUUUGAUGCGCCCGACUCGAAAACGGAUCCAUUCGGAAAGAACGUCAAGCAGCACGACUCGGCGACGGACGACGAUGCUCUGCAUUUGCUCGAAAUUCUACUCGCAAUUGAUCCAGACAAGCGGCCGACAUCUGACGAGGCGGAAGAUGAUAUAUGGUUUUUUAAGGAUCCUGUUCCAAUGGCAAAUGUUCAAGAUUUAAUGGAUACUAUUCCCAACUCUCAAUUCGAGUACACCGUCGGAAAGGGCGCCCACGCGAAUCGCGGCCGUCACCAAAACGCCCAACAACGUCCAAAUCAACAGCAGGCACGUCCGUCGAACGCGAUUCCAGCCGGACAAUAUCGCGAUACUAUUUUUUAAGCUCUUUUCCCUAUUUUUUUCCUUUUUUUCACCGCAUUUUUCUGUACAAUAUUUUUUUCUUUUCCCCCCGCAAUUUUUGGCGGAUUUUCAGCAUUCCCCCCGUUCCUUCUCGUAGAUCAUACGUGUUCAGUUCCGUCGAUACAAUAAAUUUUCUAUUUGGGA